CUCAUUGGUAGUCGGAUGUACUUGAACUGUGAGAUGGAUCAAGAAGCUUGACCAACCUCACCUCACCUCGAUUUCUCCCAGGUUCUAUUCUUUUUUUCUUCUUUUUUCCUUUGUGUCAGCUUCCGCCGACAUUUCCAACGACUAUCCAUACACAACCAUCAAAAUUCACUCGUAUCUUCACAUCAUCACCAAUUCUUUUUCGCACAAUUCGUCAAAAUCGACCCUCAACAAAGCUAUCGUAUCCAUACUGUGCGCACCUUUCAGCUAGUUCUUCUGACGUCAUCAAUAUGGCCGACAUUAACCCCAACGGCAACGAAAAAGCUGUGGAUGGCGCAGCGACAGUUCCUGAAUCGCAACCCAGCGUCCCGCCUGUCGUUAAGGUCCCGGCGAACGAAGGAGAAAAAUCCAUAGAGCCAUCGAUCACGACUGAUACCGCCAAGGCUAGUGCGGCUGAUGAGCCCAAAUCCGAGCCCGCCGCUCAGAAUGAUGCGACCACUGACUCCAAAGAGGAGCCGACCAAGAAGAUCGACGAAGCUGACAAAUUGGCUUCGCAGCCAGAAAAGCCAGCCGAUUCUGCUCCUACAGAACCUGCUACUACUGAUGCUGCGACAACUGAUGCCCCUGUGGUUGCUAACGGCGACUCCAAGGACCCUCCUAAGCCAGUUUCGGUUGAAGAGGUCCACGACCAGGAUAUGCCGGACGCGGCCCCAUCCAAGCCCACCGAAGCGAGUGGCGCACUUCCCGUCCAAGAACCAAAAGAUGAUGCACCAAAAGCGGAUGCAGCCCCAAUUACCACCGACUCUGCCAAAACGGAACCCAGCACCGGGGAUAAGCGAAAAGGCGAGCCUGAAGCUAAGGUAUCCAACGGUAAUACCACCGUCGAAGAACAUUCCGAAGCGCCAGCAGAGAAAAAGCAGAAAACUAAUGGUGCUGCCACUAACGGUGCUCCUAAGAAGGCUGGUCGACCGAAGAAGGAUAAGAGCGAGAAAAAGGCACCUGCAGCAGCCGCACCGCCCGUAGGUAGGACAGCGAGGAAGACUCGAAGCCAGGGCGCCGCCGACUGAACCGCAACGUAACUGUAAAUGGAAAAAAGCGAAAUAUAAAAACCCCGGUUGGUUCUUUUUUCUCCCUCUUUAGCACGUUGGUUCGGAAAUUAUUACUUCUCCUAUACCUUUCGGUUUGGGAUUCUUGGGGGGGCGCUUU